AUGCUUGCUUCGGCGGUCCGCCUUCUGUUGGCAGGCCUCGCUACCUCCGCCUCAGCCUACAUUACCGCCUCGGGAGAAGUCGUCAUUCCUGGGGCGAGUUCAUACAAUGGCCUUAACCUGGUGCCACAGAUGGGCUGGAACAACUGGAACGCGUAUCACUGCGAUGUCUCCGAGGAGUUGCUGCUCAAAACCGCCGAGGCAAUGGUCACGUACGGUCUGCGUGACCUAGGCUACAACUACGUUGUCCUCGACGACUGCUGGUCCAUUGGCCGCAACGAGUCGGGCUACCUCCUGCACAACCCCGUCAAGUUCCCAAGCGGUAUGAAGGCAAUAGCCGACAGGCUGCACGCCAUGAACUUCAAAUUCGGCAUGUACAGCUCGGCCGGCGUCUUCACCUGCGGCCGCUUCCCGGGCAGUUUGGGUUUUGAGCAAAAGGACGCCGACACCUUUGCGAGCUGGGGGGUCGACUACCUGAAAUAUGACAACUGCUACAACCAAGGCCAGUCGGGAACGCCCCAGCUCAGCUUCAACCGGUACAACGUCAUGUCCAAGGCUCUCAACAACACAGGUCGCCCGAUGGUCUACGCCAUGUGCAACUGGGGCAACGACGACCCCUACGACUGGGCCUACACCAUCGCAAACAGCUACCGCAUGAGUGGGGACAUUUACGACAGCUUCCAGCGGCCCGACUCGCGUUGCCCAUGCACAGGGACGCCGUGUAACUGGCCCGGCUUCCACUGCUCGGUCAUGAACAUCCUCAACAAGAUGGCACCCAUCGUGUCACGCACCCAGCCAGGAGCCUUUAACGAUAUGGACAUGUUGGAGGUCGGAAAUGGCGGACAAAGCGACUCGGAAUACGUCGUUCACUUUUCCAUGUGGGCGUUGAUGUCCUCGCCGCUGCUCAUGGGGACUAACAUCCCCGGGCUGUCGCCCGCCCACCUUUCCAUCUUGUCCAACCCGGCCGUCAUCGCGCUGAACCAGGACGUGACUGGCACCGCGGCGGUGCGGAAGUGGCGAGAGGUUAUUACAGACGACGUCGACGACGACGGACAGGGCGAGAUCGCCCUCUGGACCCGUGUAAUGAACAACGGCGACACCGUCAUUGCUCUGAUCAACGCUGCCAACAGCUCGCGAACCAUGCGCGCCACGGCCAGGGAUAUCUUCCUAGACCAGGCCACUGCCGGCACCUACCUGCCUGCCCCGCAGCUGUCGACGCCCUACGAUGUGUACGAUCUGUGGGCCAACCGCAUGAGCAAUGACGAGGCCGCCUCGGUCAUCGCCGGGAAUGCUACCAGUAUCGGCGCCAAUAGCACCAGCGUCACCCGGUACAACGCCACGGCGUUGGGCUACGCGCAGGGCUUGGCUCAGAACCAUCCGGCAUUGUUCGGGAAGAAGGUUGGCCGUCUCGAGCCGGGUGGCGUCUGGGAGGUCCAAGUCGAGAGGCACAGCGUUGGUUUGUACAGACUCCGCAAUGCGACGCAAGCGUUGCGGAAAAGAGACGAGCUAUAA